AUGAACAAGCUCAAAUCCACCGCCGCUCUCCGCCCCCCACCGCUCCCGGCGGCGGCCUCCACCACCACCAAAUCGCUCAACGCCGCCAUCAGCCGCCUCUCCCGCCAGGGCUCCCACCGCGACGCCCUCUUCACCUUCGCCUUCAUGCUCAAAACCCCAACCGCCCCGCCGGACGCCUCCACCUACCCUUCCAUCCUCAAGGCCUGCGCCUCCCUCGGCCUCCGCCGGCUCGGCCCAUCCCUCCACCAGCGGGUCGUCUCAUCCGGGUUCUCAUCAGACCCGUACACCUCCUCCUCCUUAAUCAACCUGUAUGCAAAAUUCAACGACGCCGAGAACGCCCGCAAAGUGUUCGACAUGAUGCCUCAAAGAAACAUCGUUCCGUGGACGGCAAUCAUCUGGUGCUACUCGCACGCGGGUGACAUGGCGAGCGCGUUCUCGAUGUACAACCGUAUGCAGCGCGAGGGUAUUGUACCCAGCUCGGUCACAAUUCUGAAUAUGCUCACUGGGGCUUCUGAUAAGGUGCACGUCGAGAUUUUACACACGUGUGUGAUUAAAAUGGGUUGCGGGUCCGAAAUAGUUCUGAUGAACUGUUUGUUGUCUGUAUAUGCAAAGUGCGGGCAUGUCGAAAAUGCUCGGGAACUGUUCGAGUCGUUGGGGGAGAAGGAUAUCGUGUCGUGGAAUAGCUUGAUUAAUGCGUAUUCCGUGGAAGCAAAUCUUGAUGAGGUUUUACAACUCUUCUGCAGAAUGCGGGCUGAAAAUGUAAGGCCCGAUGUGCAGACUUUCGGGUCUCUGGCCUCUGCUGUUGCCAGGCUGGGAAGUUUUGAUGUGGGCCGAGCUGUGCAUGGCCAGAUAGUGGUUUCCGGACUAGAAUCUGAUAAACACGUGGCAACAUCACUCUUCGGCUUUUAUUCUAGAUGCAGAGAGGUGAAUGCUGCAUUAGAAAUAUUCGAACAGGCAGUCGAUAAAGAUGUAAUCUUUUGUACGGCCGUGAUUUCCGGGCUCGUGCAGAAUGACUCGGCUGACCGAGCUUUGAGUUUUUUCAAGAAAAUGCUCGAUUCGAGAGUGUGCCCUUCGGCUGCAACUAUGGCUUGUGUUGUUGCAGGUUGUGCUCAAAUGGGUUCCAUCAAACUAGGUACGUCUGUACACUGUUACAUACUGAGGCAACAAUUUCCUGCCGAUAUUCCUUUGCAGAAUUCUCUUAUCAGCUUUUACUCGAAAUGUGGGCUUUUGGGAGAGAGUUUUACAGUUUUCAGAAUGAUGGAGAGAAGAGAUGUUGUGUCGUGGAACUCGAUUAUCGCUGGCUACUCGCAAAACGGGCAUUUGAAAAAGGCGUUAUCUUUAUUUCAAGAAAUGAGAUAUUGGGCCCACCAGAAGCCCGAUUCGAUAACCUUCGUCUCUCUUCUCCAGGCCUGCGCUUCGAUCGGGGCAUACCAUCAAGGGAAAUGGAUCCAUAACUUCAUCCUCCGAAGCAAUAUACGCCCUUGUAUCAAAACGGGCUCAGCAUUAAUCGACAUGUAUGCCAAAUGUGGCGACUUAAACUCAGCAAGAAAGUGCUUCGACCGAUUGCCACAUCAGGACGCGGUUGCUUGGAGCACGAUUAUCGCGGGCUACGGCUCGCACGGGAGAGGUGAAAUUGCAUUACAAAUGUACUCGGAAUAUGCGAAAAAGGGCUUCAAACCGAACGAUGUGAUUUUCUUGGCCGUUUUAUACGCGUGCAGCCAUAACGGGCUCGUGGAUAAAGGUGUUGACUUUUUCGAGUCAAUUGUCAACGAUCAUAAGUUCGAACCAAAAAUCGAGCACCUCGCGUGUAUGGUAGAUCUUCUCUGCCGUGGCCGGAGGGUUGAGGAGGCGUACGCUUUUUACCGGAGGAUGUUUUCCGAGCCAGUUGUGGAAGUUUUAGGGAUAAUGCUCGAUGCUUGCCGGAAAACGGGCCAAGAAGAGCUUGGGCGAUCGAUUGCCGGUGAGAUUUCUGGGCUCAGGCCAGGGGAUGCAGGGAAUUACGUCCAGCUGGCGCACAGUUUUGCUUCAAUGGAAAAGUGGGAAAGUGUGGGGGAGACGUGGAUGAAGAUGCGGGCACUCGGGCUCCGGAAGUUUCCGGGCUGGAGCUUUGUGGAGAUGCACGGUGAGAUUAUCCCGUUCUUUACGGGCCAGGGUUCGAAUCCUCUGUACGGAGAUGUAGCAAGCGUGUUGAGGGAUCUAACGGACGAUUGUAAGAGAUUGGGAUUCGAUUCGGAAGAUGAAGAUUUUUGUUGCCUUGAUUGA